AUGCUUUUUAACUUGGCAGUGCACAUUAAGGAGCAGACAGACGAUAUGCAGCAUUCUGACUGUCAGAUGGAGACACAGUGUGUGGAUCAAAUUAAAGAGGAGUCCUCAUGCUCGCAUGAGGAGUGCAGCAUGAGUAAGGCAGUGAUGCUGGCCAGCCUGUACACCAACCACAAGCCCUUAUGUUUGGACAGCACAGGCUAUGGUGUAAGCGAGGCAGAAAAGCUAGCUGAGGCCCUGUCAGACGGCAUGGAGUGUGGCAUGACUGGCAUGAGCGAGUCGACCAUGCUGGCCGGUGUGGAUACUGACCAUGAUGUAAAGGAUGGGCUUGUGCUGGGAUCAGAGCGUGUGAAGGAAGAGCCUUCAUUGUCAGAGAGCGUAGAGUAUGGAAUGAGUGAGGCGGCCAUGCUGGCAGACCUAUAUGCUGACCACGUCGUAAAGGAUGAGUUAGUGCUGGGGCCGGAGCAUCCACAUCGGCCAGAUGUAUCUCUGGUAGUCCUCGACUGGGCGCUAGCUGACGAGGACGGUUGCCUGCAGGAGUCUCAGGAGCACACCUCACAGCCGGCACUGAAGGACUGCUGCGUAAGGCUCGAGCGCCUCCACUACGGAGCCCCUGCCAAGCACACCAUACAAGACACCACUCACACUGAUAGUGAACCUUAUUCUGAAGAUAAAAUGUACACUAAAGUUGACUGUGAGAGAGUGACUGAACCGGUGUGUGAUCUUUGUGGCAAGAAGUUUUCUCUAAAGUCUGAUUUAUUGAAGCAUGUCAUGACACACAUUCACACGUCUAGUGUGGAGCAAGAAGGCAGCCGGCCUGUUGUCGCUGACUAUGUAUUUGAAGAAAAGCCGUUACAGGAGCGCGUCCUUAGUCGAGACUCUCCGCUCGCGCUCCGAGACUGCUGCGUGCGGCUUGAACACCUCCAACACCACGAGGCGCUCGCCGGCAACGACACAACACAUACUGACACGGAAUCUGAUACUGAAAACAUAUAUGCUAGAGACUGUAUCAUUAACAAUCGUACAACAACUAGUGACACAGACAAUGAUAAUGAAAAUAUACAUGCUGGAGACUGUAAGAGAAUGUUUAUAUGCGAUCUUUGUGGCAAAAAGUUCGCUUUGAAGGCGGGUUUAAUGAAACAUGUUGUAAUCCAUAUACAUGUACCUGCUAACGCUGGAUCGGUUGAACCAAAUAAUUCAAACUAUAAAGUAAGCACUAAUGUCUCGAAGGAUAACUCGGAUAUAGAUGAAUAUGUGUGUGACACUUGCAGAAAAACAUUUCACCGCAAAUAUGACUUGAUUCGUCAUAUACAAAACACGCACACGCAAACAAAUUCUAAAAUAAUAAAAACAAAGCCAACGGUCUAUGAAUGUAAUAAAGUAGAUAAGAUAACAUACCCCUGCGACACAUGUGGAAUACAUUUUACACAAAAAGUGUAUUUGAUUACACAUAAACGAGUUCACACAGACAAAAGGCCUUAUUCGUGUAAAAUAUGUGAAAAACGUUUUAAAACUUGUGGUUGUUUGAAAAUUCAUGAACGUGUUCAUACUGGUGUAAAGCCAUAUGCGGGCGAACCGUGUAACAAGCAGUUUCAGGAUGUGCUACUAUUAAACAAACAUAAAAAAGUUCAUACAGGUGAAAAACCAUAUAUGUGCGAAAUAUGUAAAAAACAGUUUUCGAACAUACUGUUUUUAAACAUACACAAAGUUACCCACACGGGUAUUACGUGUGAAAUUUGUAAGGAACAUUUUAGGCAAUGGGAAAAAUUUCGAAUUCAUAAGCGAACUCACACCGGCGGGACGAUAUAUACGUGCGCGCUGUGUAAUAUGAAGUUUGCAAGUCUCUGGAAAUUCAAUGCGCACAAACGAACACAUACAAACGAGAGGCCAUACGCAUGUGGAAUAUGUGGAAAGCGGUAUACACGAGCUUCCCAUUUAACGAGACAUAAUCGGUAUCACACUGGUGAAAAACCGUUCUCCUGCAAGAUGUGUGAUAAGAAAUUUUCGGAACAAUAUUCUUUGAGCAAACACAUACUAAGCCAUACUGGAAUGAAGCCUUAUUCUUGCGAAAUCUGCAAAAAAGGGUUCGUACAAAAAGGCCAUUUGAACAAACACAUACUAAGCCAUACUGGAGCGAAGCUUUAUUCUUGCGAAAUCUGCAAAAAACGGUUCGCGCAAAAGGGCAAUUUGAACACACACAUACGAAGCCAUACUGGAGCGAAGCCUUAUUCUUGCGAAAUCUGCAAAAAACGGUUUGCGUACAAGGGCAGCUUGAACACACACAUAUUAAGCCAUACUGGAGCGAAGCCUUACUCUUGCGAAAUCUGCAAAAAACGAGUGCAGCACUAG